CUAAUUUAUGAUUAGAUAUGUCUACCCUUAUAAUGAAUAAUGUCUAUCUAUAAUAUACUCUCUAACACAUAUUUUUUAACUUUUUUUUUGCUAUAGUUAAAUUGUAUAUAGAUCUCAUUAAAUUAAUUUUUCAAUAAUCAGAUGUCUCUAAAAAUAGUUGAUUUUUUUUAAGUGAGAGGAAUAAUAUAUAUAAGUAUAGAUUGAAGAAUAAAAGUAACUUGACAUUAAUAUCCCUUCUAAGAAAUAAAAGUCCUCCUUGCUGCUGGGUCCUAAAUCUAAGAAAAAUAUGGCAAUUCAUAACAACAUGUUCUUCUUUCUUUCUUCUCUCCUCUUCUUCACAUUCCUCCAAAUCCAAACCAAAGUCUUCUCUUUCCAAUACAAAGUUGGAGAUCUAAAUGCUUGGAGCUUACCCUCCUCAACAAAUCCACAAAUCUACACCAAAUGGUCCAAACUUCACAACUUCACCCUUGGAGACUCACUUUUGUUUCUAUAUCCACCAAGUCAAGAUUCGUUGAUUCAAGUAUCAGAACAAUCCUACAAAAGCUGCAACAUUAAAGAUCCAAUAUUGUUCAUCAACAAUGGUAACUCUUUGUUUAACAUAACAUCAUCACAUGGUGAUUUUUACUUCACAAGUGGAGUAAAUGGCCAUUGCCAAAAGAAUCAGAAGAUUCAUAUAUCUGUUGGAGGAAUUGGAAAUGUUGAUGUAGAAGAAGCUAAUAGUCCUAAUUCAUUGCCUGCUAAUGGACCUUCCUAUCAAGCAGCUUUUGGGAAUAUUCCAGUAGCUCCUUCUUCAUCAAAUUCACAUCACAUAACUUCAACUUUUCAUGUAUUCAUCAUUGGAUUUGGAUCUGUCAUAUAUGCACUGUUAUUUGGUUUAAUGUAAAAGCUCAAGAUGAAGAUGAUGUCAUAAAUGUUUAUUUUUAUUUUAUAUUACUUUUCUUUACUUUGGAUUCUUUUUGUCAAUGAUUUGAAUAUGUAAUUCUUUAUGUGGGAUUAAAUUUUUAAAGUUACUUUUGUUAUAUGAUAA